AUGGGAUCUGUCUGGCUCGCAAUCAUCUACAUCGGAGGCUGGAUCCUCUCGAUGAGAAUCUUUGGCUACUUCUGGAAGAACAGGAAGCUCGCGGCUACUAGUUUAUUGUUUUAUCUGGACGAUAUGCCCAUGAAGCCACAGGAUGGAAAGGAUGGACAGCGCACAGGGAUACCAGCACCAGUUGCAAUCAACGAUGCUGAGCCCUGGUUCGGCGAGAACAUUGCACGCAGCCAGUAUAUCGCCCUCCUCCAGCAGGACGAGCCCGAGGCUACCGAGACCCAAUUGACAGCAGCACUUCUCCGCCGCGCCAUGGAAGGCGUUGUCCGUGUUUUGUCGAUGCGCGAGGAUAAGCAGGUUCUGGCCAAUUUGGUCAAGCAAGGCACCGUUGGUGAUGAUAUCUGGACCCAGUUUACUCUUUCGGAGAAGGAGCUCGAGGCCGAAAUCAUGGCUAUUGUCGAGGAGGCCAACACAUUCAAAGAGAACUGGGGUCAGUCCAUUCUUCAGACUGCCAGUGAGAUGGUGAUGCACGAGAAGACCAAGCAGAUGCAAAAGGAGUUGGCACUCAGGAGGGAGGAGGAGGCUCGCAAGCAGGCCGUGAGGGAUCAGCGCAAGGAGAAGAAAGCCUUGAAGGAGAAGAAGGAGGGAACCGCCGCUCCUGCUGCUGCUGCUGCCGCCAAGGAGUCGGUGGCUGAUGCCCCCGCUCCCGCUGCUGCUGCUGAGGUCGAGGCUAGUGCCUAA